AUGCCUAUCCAGGCUGGUCCGUUGUCAAGCACGCCAGUGUCACGGCCAAGGAACUGCCGAGCUUUGCCUGAAGACAAGCUGCAAUGGCGCGUCCUUGGAAUUGAGUCCAGUUGUGAUGACACUGGCGCCGCAGUUCUGAGGGGCGAUGGCAAGAUUCUUGGUGAAGCGCUAGCUUCUCAGGCUGGCAUUCAUGAGCAAUGGGGUGGUGUUGUGCCUCGACUAGCUCAAGAAGGGCACCGGAAGGCCAUUGAUGAGACAGUCGAAGAAGCCUUGCGAAGAGCAGGCAUCUCUGCGGCAGAGCUCUCUGGCGUGGCGGUCACUGUGGGACCUGGUUUGGGGCUUUGUCUUGAAGUCGGUGUGCGCAAGGCUUUGCAUAUUGCAGCAGAAUACAGAUUACCUUUGGUACGUGUUCAUCAUAUGGAAGCGCACAUGAUGGUGACGAGAUUGCCACAAUCGCCGACGCCAGCAGAAGGUUUCUGUGGGCCCGCGUUCCCAAUCCUGACGUUGCUAGUUUCUGGUGGGCACAACAUGGCUGUGUUGACUAGAGGUGUUGGCCAACAUGUGAUCUUGGGAAGCACCAUUGACGAUUCAAUUGGAGAGGCAUUUGACAAAACUGCACGGGUGCUUGGAAUUACCCAGGUGCCUGGAGGACCUCAUUUGGAACGUUUAGCAAAAGAUGGUGACCCCAAGGUUCACCCACUCCCGAAACCCUUGUCGAAGACCCGAGACAAGGUAUUGCUUGAAGGCUGUGACUACUCCUUCUCAGGAUUGAAGACAGCGGUGAGGACGCUGGUUGAAAAAGAACUACCGAGUUCAAAAGCAGCCGCCCUUUCGGAGGAGGGACUCCGUAAAGCACAAGCAGACAUCGCUGCAGCGUUCCAGAAAGUGGCCGUGCAACAUUUGUGCGAACGGGCUUCAAGGGCUGCAGGCUGGGCACUGGAGUUGGAACCGUGCACAAAAUGGUUGGUCGUGGCAGGCGGAGUGGCUGCGAACCAGGAAGUGAGGAAAGGCCUACAAGAGGUGGCUGAGGAGUACAGCUUGCAGAUGCGUUGCCCACCACCGCGGCUUUGUGUGGACAACGGUGUCAUGGUCGCCUGGGCUGGCAUAGAGCGUUUGGUCUUAGGGCUUUACGAGGAACCUCCUUCAAAAGACGGAGCAGACAAUCACGUAGAGAUACGGCCACGCUGGCCGCUCGGUGAAAGAGACCCGCGCAGCCAGCAGGAAAAGUUUCCUAAAGGCCAGAAGCGUAAAGCUGAUCAUCUCAAAGGCCACAAUGACAAGGCCCAAAGACAAGAGGUCGAGUCAGUUGGCUGA